CAGAGGAAGCGGCGAUUGCCAACACACAGGGGAUGAGACAGGUCCCAUGCACCCGCCCGACUCGGCGGCAGGCCGGCCCGACCCCACCCUCGCCCCGCCCGCGGCAGCAUGACUCAGCCGGCCGAGCGGCUGGAGGAGAUCAACAGCCACCAGGCCGACGACUACUGGGUGUUGGUCCGCCAUGAGGUGUGUUCCUCGUACCUGGGGUUGCACGUGGUCCCGGUACCCUACCUGGAGGACGCCAAGCACUACGAUCUCCUCAACGUGUUGCUGGAGAAGUCGGAGAAGGAAGGCUCCCGGUUGCUGCAACGGAAGAGUUUCUUCCCGAUGGGGCCGCUCAGGGAGAUACUGGCCAGCCUGGACAGCAAGAACGCCCAGCUGAUGGAAGAGCAGAUCAAGAGCAAGAGCCAUUUCACGGACGACUUUGACCACGAGGAGAUGGUGCUGGACGAGGGGGUGUUGAAAUCCAUCAAACUCAUCGUCAAAGAUGUCAACAAAGAGGACUCGCUGUUCUCCAUCAGACCGGAGAUCCUGAAGGUGUCGCACAACUUCCCCUGGAUCCUGUCCGUGAGGAGCAUCUACGUGGUCUACGAGGUGUUCUACACCACGAACAUGCUGCUGCGGGUGUCCGACAGCAAGCUGAUCCAGCAGUUUAAAUCCGACAACAGAAUCCCCAUCGGUUUCAUGUGCCGCAAGUUCCGGCUGGAGUCUAGCGGGAUGAUCGGAGAUGAGUUAGACAUGAGUAAGUCUCCCUGCAGAGCCAACUUUGUCAACUCCUACUCUAACACCUACAGCGCCAUGGUACGCCGGUACUACACUUCCGCUCACGAACUGAAGACUAGCGUGUCUACACGGAGCAAGGGCGUUAGCAGUCUCUUCCGAUUCAUGUUAUCAGACUGCUGCUUGGCUUGUUCACUCGACGACAUCUCCCCUUAUCCCGACGAGCCCGGGCCGUAUUCAGAGAACGACCACGGGCCGGAGCAGCUGCCCGGAGCGGGUAACGGCGAGCCCGACGGCGAACAGCGGGAGGUGAAGGAAGGGAGCGUCCCCCGCACCCGGACACAGCGGUCGUCGGACUCGGAGGAGUUUAUGAACAAGAAGCCGUGGGUCACCCUGACCACCCCGCUGCCGCUGGAGACCAAGCGCUUCAUGUCUCUCAUGGCCUCGCACCCGGUCGGCGGUCGCCGCAAGUCGGUGCGGAGCGCCGAGGGCUCCAAACGCGCCGUCGACUGGACGGGUUACACCGGCGUAUCGUCGCUCGCCCACCGCUCCUCCAUCUCCACCGCCAGCUCCGUGACUCCCAAGUCCCUGCCGGAGACCUCCAUCCUGAAGGCGAUCGUGGAGUCCGCCACCUCGCUGCCGCCCGUCCUGGCCAAGCUGGAGAGUGCCGAACCCGUCACCCCUCCGCAAACCCCCGAAGAAUAUCUCCCCUCGCUGCCCGUCGUCACCGAGUUACUGACUUCAUCCACCUCGACUCCGUCCAGCGGCGAACAGCUGCCCUACCCGUGGAACGUGCUCUCGUCGGCCGAUUCUUCGUCUGUCCCGCUGGUCGUCCGCGAACCCGCCACUUCAUCUGCCUCCACGCAGUCGCAGGGGGGACCUCCGCUGCCACCGCGGAUCCCAGCCGCGUCUGCAGCUGCACGCGUUGGCAAGCCUGUAAUAUCUGCGGAAUCCGCAGCCGCACAGAGGCUCGCUAUCGAGCACAUGAUUCUAUCUAUGGAAUCCGCAGGCGCGCCGGUGCCCGCACAGAGUCCCGCUAUCGGGCCCAUGGUUCUAUCUCUGGAAUCCCCAGUCGCACAGAGGCUCGCUAUGGAGCACAUGACUCUAUCUGCGGAAUCCGAAGUCGAGCCGGUGCCCGCACAGAGGCUCGCUAUCGAGCAGAUGACCCUAUCUGCGGGAUCCGCAGUCGCGCCGGUGCCCGCACAGAGGCUCGCUAUCGAGCAGAUGACCCUAUCUGCGGGAUCCGCAGUCGAGCCGGUGCCCGCACAGAGGGCCGUUGUCACGUCUGCAGCUCCAUCUGCGGAAUCCGCACCCGCGCCAGCACAGAGGACCGGUAUCAAGCAGGUGACUGCAACUGCGGAAACCGCACCCGCACCCGCGCCCGUGCCCGUGCCCGCACAGAGGUCCGAUGUCACGUCUGCAGCUCCAUCUGCGAAAUCCGCACACAGGCCCCGCAUCAAGCGGGUGACUCCAACUGCGGAAUCCGAACCCGUCAUCGCACAGAGGCCCAUUUUCAAGGCAUCUGCGGAGCCCCGGGCCGCACCGCGCUCCUCCAAGAGGUGGACCACUUCACGGCCAUCUGCGGGAAUUCAGCCGCACGCCGUUGCGGCCAGGAGAACGAGCCUCUCCGCGCACAGGGUCGGCGAAUCCGUGCAUGAGCGCAUUGGGGCAUCCUUGACUUCACUGCUGUCCAGUGCGGAGAUCGCCUUUCAAUCGCAAACUACCGAGUGGCCUAUUGAUUUAACGCAAACCGUCUCUGCGCCGCUGCUUGCAUCUGCGGAAUAUUUGAACACGCUCGGAUCGGCGGCUGGUACGGAAUCCGCGGCCUCGCUCACUGUUCCGAUGGCAGCCCGGGGUCUACAGCGUAGCGGACAGUCCCCAGUCCCGUCCGCUGUCCGGUCCGCAGCCCCGUCCGCAGCCCCGUCCGCAGUCCCGUCCGCAGUCCCGUACGCAGCCCCGUCCGCCCCGUCCGCAGUCCCGUCCGCAGCCCGCCCAUCCUCCAGCACAUCUUCCGCCACCUCAUCUUCCACAUCCACCUCCAGCGGUUCCCGCACCGGUCAGACGUGCGUCCGUGCCGGGUCCGUGAGGCCGAGGCUCCGGUACCGCUGUGCGGAGCCGGGCGCGCAGCCGCUGCCCCAUCGAAUCGAUUCCGCCGACCUGCUCCCGACCAUUCAAGACCUAAUCGGGUUGUUGCGGGAGAUCGUGGCGUCUCACCCGGGACACCGGUGCUCCUCCUCGCACCCGCGUCUGGCCCCGUCGCCGUCGCCGGCCCCGGGCAGGCGCAACCCGUGCGGGCCCUGUGCGUGGACCGUGUCCACGCCGGUCCCGGUAACCGGCGAGACCGGGCCCGCCGCCCUCCAACCCUGGCCGUACCUGUCCCUCGCCGCGGCCCCGAGCAGGCGGGAACCGUGCCGGCCUUGUGCGGGGACCGUGCCCAUAUCCCCCACUCCGGCGCCCGGUGCGCCCGUUACCCGCCGCCACUGCUUGUCCCGCCGGCAGCAGAACUCUCCCCGGUCAUCGGCGACCAGCAGCUCCUCCGAUCCCGAGGCUCCCGCCCCGCAGACACGGGCAGCUCGGCCGGCGGACUUUCCCUCGCUUCUCAGCUGCGGCGUCCCGGGACUGUCCACGGAUUCGGAGGAGGAGCAUCGCCCAUCAGCCCGCAGGCACCGGAGAACCGCCCGCCCAUGCCGGGCCUCCCCGCCACCCCUGCCAGCUGCUUCGCCGCUGUCCCGGCCGCCCUCCGCCAACUGCCCGGUCUGCGGGCGCCUCUACGUUACCUGUCGCUGCGCGGAGGAGUGGGAACGGCGCUGGGCACCGGCACCGGCAUCGCCCGGCCCGGGGCACGAACUCAUGUACAGUACACUCCGUCAGAUGCUGCCUGCAUCGUCCGACUCCGAGGGCGAGGAAAAUACGGCCGGGACCGGUCGCUGA